AGAGGCGCGGCGGCGCACGGGCAGUCCGCUCUGACGCGCUCGAGUCCUCCCUCCUCGCCGGCCCUCGCCUCCUCCCCACACCUGGGCGGGGAGCGGCGUCGCGCUGCCUCCUCCCCCGGCGCUCGCAACUCCUGUCCGGCCGCAGCUGCGCCGCGGCCGCGGGAGUAAAGGUCGCGUAGCCGGGAGCUAGCCGGCGCUGUGCCUCCGGGAAGCCGGCGGGGCAGGUCGGAGAAGAGCGAGAAGAUCGAGAAACUCCAGGCCAGCCCGGGAACAUGGCGCCAGGCGGGCCGGCCGCGGACUGAGAGCCGCGGUGCAGCGGGGAGCCGGGGCUCGAGCCCCGCCCGGCCCGGGCCAUGUCGGUGGGCGAGCUCUACAGCCAGUACACAAGGGUCUGGAUCCCUGACCCUGAUGAGGUAUGGCGUUCAGCUGAGUUAACCAAGGACUACAAAGAAGGAGACAAGAGCCUGCAGCUCCGACUGGAAGAUGAAACGAUUCUGGAAUACCCAAUUGACGUACAAUGCAACCAGCUGCCCUUCUUACGGAAUCCAGAUAUCUUGGUGGGAGAAAAUGACCUGACUGCCCUUAGCUAUCUUCAUGAACCUGCAGUUUUGCACAAUUUGAAGGUCCGUUUCCUGGAGUCCAACCAUAUCUACACUUACUGUGGUAUUGUACUUGUUGCCAUUAAUCCUUAUGAACAGUUGCCAAUCUAUGGACAAGAUGUCAUCUAUGCCUACAGUGGCCAAAACAUGGGAGACAUGGACCCCCACAUCUUUGCUGUGGCAGAAGAAGCCUACAAGCAGAUGGCCAGAGAUGAGAAGAAUCAGUCCAUCAUAGUCAGUGGGGAGUCUGGAGCUGGAAAGACGGUGUCAGCCAAGUAUGCUAUGCGCUAUUUCGCCACCGUUGGUGGCUCGGCCAGUGAAACCAACAUCGAAGAGAAGGUGCUGGCAUCCAGUCCCAUCAUGGAGGCCAUCGGAAAUGCUAAGACCACCCGCAAUGACAACAGCAGCCGUUUUGGCAAGUACAUCCAGAUUGGCUUUGACAAAAGGUACCACAUCAUCGGGGCCAACAUGAGGACCUACCUCUUGGAGAAGUCCAGAGUGGUCUUCCAGGCAGAUGAUGAGCGGAAUUACCACAUCUUUUACCAGCUCUGUGCUGCUGCUGGUCUUCCAGAAUUUAAAGAGCUUGCGCUAACAAGUGCGGAGGACUUUUUCUAUACAUCACAGGGAGGAGACACUUCCAUCGAGGGUGUGGAUGAUGCUGAGGACUUUGAGAAGACUCGACAAGCCUUCACACUCCUUGGAGUGAGAGAGUCCCAUCAGAUAAGCAUUUUUAAGAUAAUUGCUUCUAUCUUGCACCUUGGAAGUGUGGAGAUUCAGGCUGAGCGUGAUGGUGAUUCCUGUAGUAUAUCACCCCAGGAUGAACACCUAAGCAACUUCUGCCGACUACUAGGGGUGGAGCACAGUCAGAUGGAGCAGUGGUUGUGUCAUCGCAAGCUGGUCACCACCUCGGAGACGUAUGUCAAGACCAUGUCCCUGCAGCAGGUGAUCAAUGCGCGCAAUGCCCUGGCCAAGCACAUCUAUGCCCAGCUGUUCAGCUGGAUUGUGGAGCACAUCAACAAGGCCCUGCAUACUUCCCUCAAGCAGCACUCCUUCAUCGGGGUCCUGGACAUCUACGGGUUUGAGACAUUUGAGGUAAACAGCUUUGAGCAGUUCUGUAUCAACUAUGCAAAUGAAAAGCUCCAGCAGCAGUUCAACUCGCAUGUGUUCAAACUGGAGCAAGAAGAAUACAUGAAGGAACAGAUCCCUUGGACCCUGAUUGAUUUUUAUGAUAACCAACCUUGUAUCGACCUCAUCGAAGCCAAGCUGGGUAUCUUGGACCUAUUGGAUGAAGAAUGUAAGGUCCCCAAAGGAACUGACCAGAACUGGGCUCAGAAGCUCUACGACCGGCACUCCAGCAGCCAGCACUUCCAGAAGCCCCGCAUGUCCAACACAGCCUUCAUCAUCGUCCACUUUGCAGACAAGGUGGAGUACCUCUCUGAUGGUUUUCUGGAGAAAAACAGAGACACGGUGUAUGAAGAGCAGAUCAAUAUCCUGAAGGCCAGCAAGUUCCCACUAGUGGCUGACUUGUUUCAUGAUGACAAGGACCCUGUUCCUGCCACCACCUCUGGGAAGGGGCCAUCUUCGAAGAUCAGCGUCCGUUCUGCCAGACCCCCCAUGAAAGCCUCCAACAAGGAGCACAAGAAAACCGUUGGCCACCAGUUCCGUACCUCCCUGCAUCUGCUCAUGGAGACCCUGAAUGCCACGACCCCUCACUACGUCCGCUGCAUCAAGCCCAAUGAUGAGAAGCUCCCCUUUCACUUUGACCCAAAGAGAGCAGUGCAGCAACUCAGAGCCUGCGGGGUGUUGGAGACGAUUCGAAUCAGUGCAGCUGGCUACCCAUCCAGGUGGGCCUACCAUGACUUUUUCAACCGGUAUCGGGUGCUGGUCAAGAAGAGAGAGCUCGCCAACACAGACAAAAAGGCUAUCUGCAGGUCUGUCCUGGAGAACCUCAUCAAGGACCCCGACAAGUUCCAGUUUGGCCGCACCAAGAUCUUCUUCCGAGCAGGCCAGGUGGCCUACCUGGAGAAGCUGCGGGCUGACAAGUUCCGGACAGCCACCAUCAUGAUCCAGAAAACUGUCCGGGGAUGGCUGCAGAAGGUGAAAUAUCGCAGGCUGAAGAGGGCUACCUUAACCCUGCAGAGGUACUGCCGAGGACACCUGGCCCGCAGGCUGGCUGAGCACCUGCGGAGGACCAGAGCGGCCGUGGUGCUCCAGAAACAUUACCGCAUGCAGAGGGCCUGCCAGGCCUACCAGAGGGUCCGCAGGGCUGCCGUUGUUAUCCAGGCCUUCACCCGGGCCAUGUUUGUGCGGAGAACCUACCGCCAGAUCCUCAUGGAGCACAAGGCCACCACCAUCCAGAAGCAUGUGCGGGGCUGGAUGGCACGCAGGCACUUCCGGCAGCUGCGGGAUGCAGCCAUUGUCAUCCAAUGUGCCUUCCGGAUGCUCAAGGCCAGGCAGGAGCUGAAGGCCCUCAGGAUCGAGGCCCGCUCAGCAGAGCAUCUGAAACGUCUCAACGUGGGCAUGGAGAACAAGGUGGUCCAGCUGCAGCGGAAGAUCGACGAGCAGAACAAAGAGUUCAAGACACUGUCGGAGCAGUUGUCCGUGACCACCUCCACAUACACCAUGGAGGUAGAGAGGCUGAAGAAGGAGCUGGCGCACUACCAGCAGAGCCCGGGUGAGGACCCCAGCCUGAGUCUGCAGGAGGAGGUGGAGAGCCUGCGCACGGAGCUACAGAGGGCCCACUCGGAGCGCAAGAUCUUGGAGGAUGCGCACAGUAGGGAGAAGGACGAGCUGAGGAAGCGAGUUGCAGACCUGGAGCAAGAAAAUGCUCUCUUGAAAGAUGAGAAAGAACAACUCAACAACCAAAUCCUGUGCCAGUCUAAAGAUGAAUUUGCCCAGAACUCUGUGAAGGAAAAUCUCCUCAUGAAGAAAGAACUGGAGGAGGAGCGAUCCCGGUACCAGAACCUUGUGAAGGAAUAUUCACAGUUGGAGCAGAGAUACGACAACCUUCGGGAUGAGAUGACCAUCAUAAAGCAAACUCCAGGUCAUAGGCGGAACCCAUCAAACCAAAGUAGCUUAGAAUCUGACUCCAAUUACCCUUCCAUCUCCACAUCUGACAUCGGAGACACUGAGGAUGCCCUCCAGCAGGUGGAGGAAAUCGGCCUGGAGAAGGCAGCCAUGGACAUGACGGUCUUCCUGAAGCUGCAGAAGAGAGUACGGGAGCUGGAGCAGGAGAGGAAAAAGCUGCAAGUGCAGCUGGAGAAGAGAGAACAGCAGGACAGCAAGAAAGUCCAGGUGGAACCACCACAGACUGACAUAGAUUUGGACCCGGAUACAGAUCUGGCCUACAAUAGUCUGAAGAGGCAAGAGCUGGAGUCAGAGAACAAAAAGCUGAAGAAUGACCUGAAUGAGCUGAGGAAAGCCGUGGCCGACCAAGCCAUGCAGAAUAACUCCAGCCACGGCUCCCCAGACAGCUACAGCCUCCUGCUGAACCAGCUCAAGCUGGCCCACGAGGAGCUGGAGGUGCGCAAGGAGGAGGUGCUCAUCCUCAGGACCCAGAUCGUGAGCGCCGACCAGCGGCGACUCGCCGGCAGGAACGCGGAGCCGAACAUUAAUGCCAGGUCAAGUUGGCCUAACAGUGAAAAGCAUGUUGACCAGGAGGAUGCCAUUGAAGCCUAUCAUGGGGUCUGCCAGACAAACAGCAAGACUGAGGAUUGGGGAUAUUUAAAUGAAGAUGGAGAACUCGGCUUGGCCUACCAAGGCCUAAAGCAAGUCGCCAGGCUGCUGGAGGCUCAGCUGCAGGCCCAGAGCCUGGAGCAUGAGGAGGAGGUGGAGCAUCUCAAGUCCCAGCUCGAGGCCCUGAAGGAAGAGAUGGACAAACAGCAGCAGACCUUCUGCCAGACGCUACUGCUCUCCCCAGAGGCCCAGGUGGAAUUCGGCAUCCAGCAGGAGAUAUCCCGGCUGACCAAUGAGAAUCUGGACCUUAAAGAACUGGUAGAAAAGCUGGAAAAGAAUGAGAGGAAGCUCAAAAAGCAACUGAAGAUUUACAUGAAGAAAGCCCAGGACCUAGAAGCUGCCCAGGCAUUGGCCCAGAGUGAGAGGAAGCGCCAUGAGCUCAACAGGCAGGUCACAGUCCAGCGGAAAGAGAAGGAUUUUCAGGGCAUGCUGGAGUACCACAAAGAGGACGAGGCCCUCCUCAUCCGGAACCUGGUGACAGACUUGAAGCCCCAGAUGCUGUCGGGCGCAGUGCCCUGUCUCCCCGCCUAUAUCCUCUACAUGUGCAUCCGGCAUGCGGACUACACCAACGACGAUCUCAAGGUGCACUCCCUGCUGACCUCCACCAUCAACGGCAUUAAGAAAGUCCUGAAAAAGCACAAUGAUGACUUUGAGAUGACGUCAUUCUGGUUAUCCAACACCUGCCGCCUUCUUCACUGUCUGAAGCAGUACAGCGGGGAUGAGGGCUUCAUGACUCAGAACACUGCAAAGCAGAACGAACACUGUCUUAAGAACUUUGACCUCACCGAAUACCGUCAGGUGCUGAGUGACCUUUCCAUUCAGAUCUACCAGCAGCUCAUUAAAAUUGCCGAGGGCAUGUUACAGCCGAUGAUAGUUUCUGCCAUGUUGGAAAAUGAGAGCAUUCAGGGUCUAUCUGGUGUGAAGCCCACCGGCUACCGGAAGCGCUCCUCCAGCAUGGCAGAUGGGGAUAACUCAUACUGCCUGGAAGCUAUCAUCCGCCAGAUGAAUGCCUUUCAUACAGUCAUGUGUGACCAGGGCUUGGACCCUGAGAUCAUCCUGCAGGUAUUCAAACAGCUCUUCUACAUGAUCAACGCAGUGACUCUUAACAACCUGCUCCUGCGGAAGGACGUCUGCUCUUGGAGCACAGGCAUGCAACUCAGGUACAAUAUAAGUCAGCUUGAGGAGUGGCUUCGGGGAAGAAACCUUCACCAGAGUGGAGCAGUUCAGACCAUGGAACCUCUGAUCCAAGCAGCCCAGCUCCUGCAAUUGAAGAAGAAAACCCAGGAGGAUGCAGAGGCCAUCUGCUCCCUGUGUACCUCCCUCAGCACCCAGCAGAUUGUCAAAAUUUUAAACCUUUAUACUCCCCUGAAUGAAUUUGAAGAACGGGUAACAGUGGCCUUUAUACGAACGAUCCAGGCACAACUACAAGAGCGGAAUGACCCUCAGCAACUGCUGUUAGAUGCCAAGCACAUGUUUCCUGUUGUGUUUCCAUUUAAUCCAUCUUCUCUAACCAUGGACUCAAUCCAUAUCCCAGCGUGUCUCAAUCUGGAGUUCCUCAAUGAAGUCUGAAGAUGCAUGUUUCCAGCAUUAGUUUGAUUCCCAAUGUGAGCAAAAAGGAAGUAUAUACAGUAAAGUAAAUUCAAGGGUCUGUUAAAUCUGGUAAAAGGAGAUCAAAUCAGAGAUUGACAGCCUGUGGAGGGGUGCUGAACCAUACAGAAUUAGACACAACUAUGUCAUUAUUUUUUUGUACCUACUGCUCAGAAUAAAAACACUUGAAAUAUGGAA